CGAAGCAGAAUGGAACGGUGGCAAAAUAAAGUGGCUGUAGUGACAGGAGCUAGUGUCGGUAUUGGAGCAGCAAUCGCAGUAGAUUUAGUAAAAAAUGGUUUCAUUGUGAUCGCGCUAGCUCGACGUAAGGAACGCCUUAAGGAAAAUCAAAAAGCACUUCCGGAAAGUCUACAAUCUCGGUACCAUCCCAAGCAAUGUGAUGUCACCAGUGAAGAUCAAGUGAAAGAUACCUUUGCCUGGAUAGAGACUACGUUCGGGGGAACCAAUGUUCUUGUUAACAAUGCCGGGGUUCUUUCUUUGGGAGCGGAACUAUCAGGUACAGAUAAUACUCGGGCUAUUCGAAACACCGUGGAGACGAAUAUUAUGGGUGCUGUCUAUUGUGUCCGGGAGGCGUUCAAUUCGAUGAGAAAGUGCAAUAUCGAUGGGCACGUUAUAAUUAUGAAUAGUAUCGUUGGGCAUGGUGUUCCCAUCUCACCUGUUGGUGCGUUGAACAUUUAUCCUGCUUCCAAGUUUGCAGUGACGGCAAUGGUCGAAACCUAUCGCCAGGAAUUUGCAAAUGCUGGAACGAAAGUUAAAGUUACGAGUAUCAGUCCUGGGUUAGUCUUAACCGAAAUAAUGCCGAACAUGGAAAAUUUCGAAGAACCACUUUUGAAUCCUGAAGAUGUAUCUAAUGCCGUGCUGUAUGUAUUGAGCACGCCGCCUCAUGUCCAGGUUCAUGAAUUAACUAUAAAACACAUCGAAGAGAAAGUGUGAGCAAUGAGUUAGUAUUUGAGCAGUACGUAUACUAUAUACAUACAUGUGUUUGAAAUAAUAAAA